GGGCGCCCGCCGGCCACGACGACCGCCGCCGCCGGCGCCGCGCCCGUCCCGUGAAGCCCGGGGACCUCCUCUGGGAGAGCCCCAUGAGGGCAGGAGAGUGAUGGAGAGUAUGCCCAGCUUCCUGAAGGAGACCCCGGCCUGGGAGAAGACGGCCCCUGAGAACGGCAUCGUGAGACAGGAGCUGGAUACUCAGCUGCGAGAGAGCCUGCGCCGUGGGACGCUGUGCCUAGGAGAGCCCGCUCCCUUCUGGAGGGGGUUCCUGAGCACCCCAGGCUCCUGGCUUCCCCCUGGCUUCCCCCAGAGCCCCAAGGACACGAUCCCACUGGUGGAGGGUGAAGGCCGCCAGAAUAGGGAGAGGGAGGCCAGCUGGCCAGGUGGCAAGGAGGGGCUGCGCUGGAAGGAAGCUGUGCUCACCCAUCCCCUGGCAUUCUGCGGGUCCACGUCCCCACCUUGCUGUGGCCCCCUGCUUCCUGAGCAUAGCGGUGGCCAUCCCAAGAGUGACACUGUGGCCUUCCGGCCCUUGCACUGCCCCUUCCUUCUGGAGACCAAGAUCCUGGAGCGAGCCCCCUUCUGGGUGCCCACCUGCCUACCACCCCACCUAGUGUCCAGCCUGCCACCAGAACGUCCAUGUGACUGGCCUGUGGCUCCACACCCCUGGGUGUACUUGGGGGACCAGCCCAAAGUGCCCUCUGCUUUCAGCUUAGGAAGCAAGGGCUUUUACCACAAGGAUCCAAGCAUUCUCAGGCUGGCAAAGGAGCCGUUGCCAACUACAGAAGCUGGGUUGUUGGGCUCAGCCCUUGGUGGGCAUCUCCAGAGAACUGGGGAGGUGGAACGCCCUUCACUCCACCAGAGGGAUGGAGAGACAGGAGUCGGCAGGCACCAGAAUCUUUGCCCACUUCUCCUCGGGCAUCCAGACACUGUUCCUGGGACCUCCUGGCCCACUUGUCCCCCAGGCCUGGUUCAUACUCUUGGCAACAUCUGGGCUGUCCCAGGGGGUGGGAAACUUGGGUACCAGCUGGGGCCGUCAGCCACAUUAAAGUGCCCCUCUCCUGGGCCUCCUACCGCCCAAGUGGGCUGUUGCUCAUCUUGCCCACCCGCUAGAGAUGGAAGUCUUGGCUCUUGUGGGAAGUGCCAGGAGGGCCUGGAGGCAAGCACCAGUGGGCCCAGUGAAUCCAGCGAGGAAGCAAACAAGGACCCUGGUCCCAGGGCCUGCCUGCCCAGCCAUCACACCAAGCUGAAGAAGACAUGGCUCACACGACACUCUGAGCAGUUUGGGUGCCCAGGCGGCUGCCCCGGGGAUGAGGAGAGCCCAGCUGCCCAGCUGCGGGCCCUCAAGAGGGCAAGCAGCCCUGAGAUCUGGGGAGCAGUGGGAAGCCCAGCCGCCAAGCGCCCACCUGACCGUUUCCCAGGCAGUACGGGGCAAGGGGCCAGAGGAUGGCGGGAGGUGCUGGACUCGUCAUUUGGGAACAAGGCGGAGGCAGAACAGCGUGAUGACCACAGAGGACCCCGAGAUGGCAGGGCCAGCCUCCAGGACCCAGGGCUUCAGGAUACACCUUGCUCGGCUCCCCCGGCAAGCAUUGCUCAGUGCCAAAGCUGUGCUCAGGCAGCUGGAGAGGCAGGAGGGCUGGCCUGCCACUCCCAGCAAGUACCGAGAUUGCCUCUGGGAGGGGAGCAGCAGCAGGAGGAAGACUCGGCAGCCAGCUCUGAGGAGGGAGGAGGGUCUGGCCUGGAGGCCCGGCUCAGCACGGGCCUUGCCAAGCACCUGCUAAGUGGUUUGGGGGACCGAUUGUGCCGCCUGCUGCGAAGGGAGCGGGAAGCCCUGGCCUGGGCACAGCGGGAAGCAGGACAGGGGCCAGCCGGGACAGACGACAGCCCAGGCAUUCCACGCUGCUGCAGCCGCUGCCACCACGGACUCUUCAACACCCACUGGAGAUGCCCCCGCUGCAGCCACCGGCUGUGUGUGGCCUGUGGCCGCAUGGCGGGUGCUGGGAGGGCCAGGGAGAGAGCAGGCUCUCAGGAACAGUCCACGGAGGAGUGUGCGCAGGAGGCUGGGCACGGGGCCUGUCCCCUGAUGCUCACCCAGUUUGUCUCCAGCCAGGCUUUGGCAGAAUUGAGCACCGCAAUGCACCAGGUCUGGGUCAAGUUCGACAUCCGGGGGCACUGCCCCUGCCAAGCUGAUGCCCGGGUGUGGGCCCCGGGAGAUGGGGGCCAGCAGAAGGAGCCGACAGAGAAAACUCUCCCAGCUCCACAACCUUCUUGCAACGGGGAUACCAACAGGACCAAGGACAUCAAAGAGGAGACCCCGGACUCCACAGAUACCCUGGCAGAGGACCGUGCUGGCCGAGGGCCCCUGCCUUGUCCCUCGCUCUGUGAACUGCUGGCCUCCACUGCUGUCAAACUCUGCUUGGGGCAUGAGCGGAUACACAUGGCCUUCGCCCCCGUCACUCCAGCCCUGCCCAGUGAUGACCGCAUCACCAACAUCCUGGACAGCAUCAUUGCGCAGGUAGUGGAACGGAAGAUCCUGGAGAAAGCCCUGGGGCCGGGGCUGCGGGCCGGACCGGGCCUGCGCAAGGGCCUGGGCCUGCCCCUCUCCCCGCUGCAGCCCCGGCUGCCUCCUCCUGGGGCUUUGCUGUGGCUGCAGGAGCCCAGGCCUCGGCAUGGCUUCCACCUCUUCCAGGAGCACUGGAGGCAGGGCCAGCCUGUGUUGGUGUCAGGGAUUCAGAGGACAUUGCGAGGCAACCUGUGGGGGACCGAAGCUCUUGGGGCUCUUGGAGGCCAGGUGCAGGCACUCACCCGCCUCGGGCCUCCCCAGCCCACAAGCCUGGGCAGCGCUACAUUCUGGGAGGGCUUCUCCCGGCCUGAGAUUCGGCCAAAGUCAGAGGAGGGCUCAGUCCUUCUGCUGCACAGAGCUCUGGGGGAUGAGGACACCAGCAGAGUGGAGAACCUGGCCGCCAGCCUGCCACUCCCAGAGUACUGUGCCCAGCGUGGGAAACUCAAUCUGGCUUCCUACCUCCCCCCGGGCCCUCCCCUGCGUGCACUGGAGCCCCAGCUGUGGGCAGCCUAUGGUGUGAGCCCACACCGUGGCCACCUGGGGACCAAGAACCUCUGUGUGGAGGUGACUGACCUGGUCAGUGUCCUGGUACGUGCUGAAGCCCCACUGCCUGCCUGGCACCGGGCACAGAAAGACUUCCUCUCAGGCCUGGACGGAGAGGGGCUCUGGUCUCCGGGCAGCCAGGUCAGCACUGUGUGGCACGUGUUCCGGGCACAGGACGCCCAGCGCAUCCGCCGCUUUCUGCAGAUGGUGUGCCCGGCCAGUGCAGGCAACCUGGAGCCUGGCACCCCGGGCAGCUGCUACCUGGACGCAGGGCUGCGGCGGCGCCUGCGAGAGGAGUGGGGCGUGAGCUGCUGGACCCUGCUGCAGGCCCCUGGAGAGGCGGUGCUGGUACCUGCGGGGGCUCCCCACCAGGUGCAGGGCCUAGUGAGCACAGUGAGCGUCACUCAGCACUUCCUGUCCCCCGAGACCUCUGCCCUCUCUGCUCAGCUCUGCCACCAGGGACCCAGCCUGCCCCCUGACUGCCGCCUGCUUUAUGCCCAGAUGGACUGGGCUGUGUUCCAAGCAGUGAAGGUGGCUGUGGGAACAUUACAGGGGGCUCAGCAGGGGGUGCCAGGUGUCUGGGGUAGGGGCGGGGCAAGUAGGCCAAGUGCUCAGCCCAGGCACAGCUUCAGCAGGGAAUGAUGCUGGGGGACGUGGGGACUUUCGGUGAAUCCUACAAGCACCACUCUGGGCACAAGCAGGGCACCCUGUUCCCCACCCCUGACCUGGGCCCUAAAGCCAACAGCCACAGUGCCACCACAGCUCACUGCCCUGCACAGGCUGGCGCCUGCUCCACCCCUGCGCCCCUCUGCAUGGUACCAGGCCCACGUUGGGGAUGAUUGACUCCCUCCAACCCCUGCCCCCAACCCAGGAGACAAACAGCCCUUCCUUAGGGUACCUUGGGAAUCAUUCUGGUUUAAGCAACACCUUCUGCUGCCUCAUCCCCUGCUGCCCACCUCUGCCUCAAGCUCUGCUUACACCACCCACGUCCUCCCUGCGCCCCACUUCACACUGCAGGCAUGCUGGACAAGGGGCCGCCAAAAUUCUGCCCUCUUUCUAGGCAGCUGUGAAGAGUGAGGAGGGAUGGCAUCAGGGGACUGCCCAGGCUUGGCUGGAGGGAAUGAUAUGGGCAGUGCCCUGUCCCUCCUCCCUCCUCUCACCUCCCUCCUUCAUAAUUUCCAUUAAAGUCUGUUGUUUUGUGAAUGCUGCCAGUGUGGUUGGCCCUGCUUCUGCAGGCCACAUGGACUGGGGAGGGAGGGGAGACAUGGAAAUGGAGUGUGUGGGUGGGUGCUGGGGCCAGGGUGACAGGGACCUCAAACACCCCUGCCUGCUCUUCUGGAGGACCUGGGUCCCUGCCUCUUGCUGAGGAGCAGAGGGAGCCUUCCAGGGGGCUGCCCCUGAAGAUGCUCCUGACAGCCACAGCAGGCAGGGCAGAGCCCUGGGGUGCAGCAGUGAGGCGGCCUCCCUGGCGGCAUAGGCUGCAGAGAUCUGGAGCCCCAACACUUCCUGCAAACUCCAGGCUGCCCCAUCUCUCCUGUCGGACCUCACCUGGAGCACCCGGAGGGUGGCCCAAGAGAGCCCUUGCCCAGCCGUCUGCCCUCAGUGUCCCAGGCCCACCACCCCGCCCUGGACUGAACAUGCUGCCCGACUGCUGCCAGCCCUUCCCCACCCCAGGGCCCUCUGGUGUGGCUCUGCCCGCUCCCCUGCCCUUGUCCAUCUCAGCCCAGCACGCUCCGACCCUUGUUAUACCCAAUUGUUUCUGCGGUGGUUCAGGGGAUGUUUUUUUAUGAAAUAAAAUUUUUUAUUAUAAAUGUAAUAUACUUUCAGAACAUUCAGGAAAUAAGAAAAAAAUCACCUGUAAGCCCACUUCCACUCACCCCCAACCCAACCACUAUUAGUAUUUGGUGUACUUCCUUCUAGCAUUUUCUCCAAGGAGCUGACUUACGCACAGUUGAGCCGGUGUGUUUGUACUUGGUUCUUCCUUUAACACUGUGUUGUGAUCAUUUGCUGUGUUGCUACCUGACUUUCAUUUUAAACAGCUGCUUAUAUUCCAUAAGUGGCUUUCCUGUGAUUUAUGUAAUCAUCCCCCAUUAAAAAAAAAAAAUUAGGUU